AUGGGGGGGAUCCGAGUUGUGAGGCCCGAGUCGUCCCGUGAGAGGCGCCCAGAGGCCGCGAUUUUUCGAACGAGAGGGCCGAAUUCGGUGUUCCUCUGGGUGGUUGUCGACGACGGAGUUCUCUUAAGGAAUGCGAAGGCAGCUGCGGUGGUUUCUGGCGUCAUCGCGAUUCGCGAGGGCGUUGCUUUGAGAGUCGUUCCGUGGGGGAUGGGAUGGCUCUCCGAAUUCUUUCGAGCACCUGCUUCGACAGUAAUCUCUCGACCUGGUCGGCAGUCUGGUAGCACUUUACUCCUGGGGUCGUGCGUACUCAUGCCUGUUUAUGUCGUGGGCAUCGUUGUUGGAAACUCGGACCGACCGGUUGGAUGGUUCGAGGACGAAAUGACGUGUCGCACCCGAACGCUGUCGCCGAAACAGCCCAGGUUGAACGACUGCGGUCCGAAGGGGACGAAGGCACCCCAGGCAGCCGGGAAGAUCCAUACGGACUUCGAGAAGGGUUUCAUCAUGGCCGAGGUGAUGAAAUACGAGGAUUUCAAGGAAUACGGCUCAGAACCUGCUGUGAAGGCUGCCGGGAAGUACAGACAGCAGGGGAGGAACUACACCGUAGACGACGGAGACAUAAUCUAUUUCAAGUUCAACGCGGGAGCUGGCUUGCAGGGGAAAAAGAAGUGAACGAAAGAAUGCAGAAGCGAGUGAGAAGCGAAGGCGUUUUUGUCUCUCAAUGUAACUUGACCCUCGAAUCGUGUAAUAAAUUGCUUUGAAUUGAGUGUUACACUAACACUCCGGGCC